UUUUUAACUCUGUCAUAGGACCAGAACGAAGCGAAACUCUUAGCUCUUCAAACAUUUGGGUCCUUCUCAGUUUGUUUUGAAGCAUCUUUGAAAAUCUCUUUAUUCAAUGAUGCUGCUGUACAAAAUGAUUGCUAUUCUACUGUGUCUCGUCACCUCAAUGGCCUAUGCUUCAAUGGAGUCAUGCUCGGAACCUAUUCAGCCUGCAACUUUGAACACCAUCAAUCCUACAGCUUCUUACAACACGCUGAUGACAACAUUAGUAACGUCACCUUGCAAACCUCGAGGUACUCAAGGACCGCCUCGAACAGACAUGCUGAAAAGAAAGAUACCACGCUCCAGAGGUAGUAGAAUUCGAGUGGAUCCAUAUAUUCUGGUUGGCGUUGGGAUUGCAGUGGGUAUCGCCCUCGUUAUCAUCGCCAUUAUUUUCGUGUGGCGACGAAGACAGAACCGAUAUCAAAAUUUUGAUCGGAAUGCGACUCCAGGUGUAACUUUACAAGACACUAACAACAACAACAGCAACGACAACAACAGCAACCUUCAGCCUAACCCAGCUUUCUGAUGCUGGAAGACGAUUACCAUUACAGUGGAUCUCUAAUCAUUCACUUGCAUUAUCGCUAUUUUUGUUUACUUUUUGGCGCUGUUUUUCUUUGUCAAUUAAAAGUGCCAAAGUUAUCAAAUCUUCUGUACUUUCCUAAUGAUCUUAGUUAAUGUACAUUGUAGUCCAUUAAAUUGAAAUUUAUAAAAGUACCACUUUAUGGCCGUCAAGGUGAUAAACUAAUUAACUUCACCAAAACUGUUAGUGAAACAAAAGAACAACUUUUGAGGCUACCGACGUUAUGUAGUUGUUUG